UAAUGCUUUAAAUCAAUGAAGAGAAGUGCUCACUUGGCUACUUACAAAAAUCUCUUUUAUACUAAAAAAUAUUUACCUACAGAGUACAAAAAGUGGUGGGUCCCUGUGGCUGAAGAAAUUAUCAUCACCAAGAAACCUAUCGGCAGUGGAGGUCAGAAUACUGCAACCACGGCUGGGGGAAAGGGAGAGGAAAGCAAGUCUCCAGAUGUGUUCUUGUCAUACCAGUGGGGUAAGCAGAAGCAGAUAAAACAGUUGUACAAGAGGCUGUGUGAGCUUGGUUUGACCUGCUGGAUGGACAUCUACCAGAUGGGAGGUGGAGACUCCCUGUAUGACAAGAUUGACCGAGGUGUACGAGGCUGUAAGAUCGUUCUGAGUUGUGUGACCACUAAGUACGCAGUCUCAGCCAAUUGUCGACGAGAGGUAAGCCUAGCUGAUUCUUUGAAGAAGCCUGUAGUUCCUCUUCUAUUGGAAGAGAUGCAAUGGCCACCUAGUGGGCCAAUGAGCAUGGUCUUCACACAACUUCUGUUCAUCAAUUUCUACCGUGACGAGGACGUUCAGAUGACAUGGAAAGGGGAUAAAUUUGAUGAGCUUCUAUCCAAAGUAACGGAUCACGUGCCUGGUUUUAUGGGAUGCAUUGAUGAUUCAAAGACCAAAAAAGUAAAAGAAAUACCCGAAAAGAAACCGGAAUCGGAAAAACCAGCAAGAUCGCCAAAUGCAGCAAACAACACAGUUAAUUCACCCCCACCUCCCUUACAUUCUUCAGAAAAUCCAUCUACAGCACAACAAACAUCGCAACCACCACCUCCUCCAUACACACCUCAACCCCAAUCUGACCAGCCACAACCUGGACAACCAUACAUCCCAGCUCAACAGCCUACAGCAGUUCAACCACAUACACAUGGACAUCCAUAUGCUCAGCAACAACAAUAUGGGCAUGCACAACCUCAAGCAUAUGCUCAACAACAACCACCAUAUGCACAACAGCAAAUGUAUGGACAAACACCACCCCAACCAUAUGCUCAACAACAACCAUAUGGGCACGCACAAUAUCAAGCAUAUGCCCAACAACAACAACAACCAUAUGCACAACAGCAAAUGCAUGGACAAGCACAACCAUACACGCAGCAAACAUCCAGUCAAGCUUCUCCAGCUCAUAUUAUUCGAGCAAAUGAAAAAUCUUCCUCGUGUGUUCUUCUUUAAUAUAUAGCUAUCGAGCAUCAAGGAAGACUGUUGGCUAACCAAUGUAACUCCAGGCCUGGUAGUACACAAGCUAAGGUUAGGAUCCGGAAAAUAUUGACAAAAUAAUUGCUUAGGGGCGAGUUGCUUCCUAUCCACUCGGUUUGGAAGAGUUUCAAUAACUGAUUUGGUAGUGUCAGGCUAACUGGGGUGUUUUCGGUCCCUAGGCAUUAAAUUUACGACUUCAGUUACAAUUGCAGGCAACCUAUGUAGCUUAGUUUUGGAGCUAUUUUAUCUGAAGUGUAACUGUUUAGAAGUCUGUAUAUCAACCAAUAAUAGUAGUACAUUCCUAGAAUAGCUGGCGUUAAUAAUGUACCCUACUCUAUUUAUUUUGUUAAUUCGCUGUCCAUUGCCAAUUUAAUAUCUGUAUCAUAACAAUGCUGUAUUCAGAACAAGAACGUGUUGAAACUGUCAUAGCUACAAGAUACGGUCCAAUUGGAGCUGUAACACGAUGUAGUUUGGUGGUGGAAUAUCAGAUUUUUAUUUUUCGAGAGUCGAUAUGGAAUCAUACGCCAAGUGGUUAAAACAAGAUGGAAGUGUACACACCUUUAAACUACUUUAAAUUAAAAUGUACCUAUUAAGUUACUAAAAGAAAUUGAGCAUGCAAUUUCGUUAAUGUAUUUAUUCUAUUUUUUUUUUCAAUCUCUAUCUGUACAAAACUUCAAUUCUGACAUUCCUUGUUGACUCAGACGUCUCCUAAUACGUGGCCUUAUUUGAAUGACAAGGUGAAUCAUGCUAUCAUGUCAAACAAUUGAGUCAAAUAUUAAUGUCAACAAAUGUCAACGUUAUUUUUGUUAUUGUUUUCAAAUCGAAUGGGUGAUAUAUGUUAAUCCUUACAACAAUGCUGUUGAAAAAAGUUUGAAAUUUAAUGAAUUUUGUGUCAAGAAGGAGACAGAUUGCGCUGACUAAUCUUCAUGUUUUCUUGUAACCUAUGUUUAUUAUAUGUUAUACAUUUUGUUCGAUUUUAUGGAUUUCAUCGUUUUUACUUGACGUUUUAACUGAAUAGAUGUUGAGUACUAUUCGUCAGUGUUUUCCUAUAGCGUGAAAAUUGUUGAGUAUGUUUUUGGUGACAUGCUGACUUAUUGGGCUAUCAACGACAUUCAAGAAUUCAAAUGAAUCAAUAUUUUCUCCAUUUAACUAUAUUUGGCAUCCCAUUUGACGAAUGCAAACGAGACUAAGGUCCUAUCCGUUGGCAUUGGUAUCCAUGUCGCAACUAUAUUGAUCAUUAGGUGUAACUCCGAAUAGGUUAUUUGCGAUCUAAUCUAUUCCUACAGUGAAAAGAAGCAUACAAUUUGGUUAGACCAUAUAUUAUGACUUUCAGAACUCAUUGAUAGUUUACCGAUUCGCGUCCAAUUGGAUUUUACUUGGUGAUUUCUAUUUAUUGUUUUUACUGUAUUUAUUAAUUAUUUAUUUAUCAUUUAUAAUUUUUUGAAAUUAUUUUUGAACAAUAUUGGAGAACUUUUUUUAUAUUAUUUUACAGGUUUUCAUCAUACAUGUACAGUUUAUAUUUCUAAAUAUUAUGCAUCGUCAAAAUUUGAUAGUGGUAUCCGUCCUGUGAUCAAACAGUUUUUAAAACUGAUGACAAUGUCUCUAUUGUUAUUCAUAAUAUAUAUUUUUUGUAUUUGUUAUUGGUGUUCAUUUGACCUGUUAUGAGCCAAUUUCAUAGAAAGAGUACUAGUUCUUUAUAGUUGUUUCUCUAAUAAAACCUUAAAUCAUGCAUGUUUGACAAAGUGGCAUGUGAUAAAUACAUUGGCUGACGACUUGACUUGUUAUUUAACAAAAAAAGAGAUAAAAUUCAAUUGUUUAUAAUGGCGGUGGAAUAAAAUUAAGUUCAAUGUCUGGUGCGUGCUACAUUCUAUGUUUACAUGUGUUGCAGAAAGAUAAGUAGUACAUAGAUAGCAAAAUGUGUUGAAUGGACAUUUUAAAGUUUACUUUUUACAUUUCAGUAGGAACUUUCCGUCAUGUCUUUGGAAAAACGUUUUUCGAAGAUAUGACGGAUACAUAGAAUUUAAUAAUGGAUUUCAUUUCUUUUCUGCUUCCUGAUGUCAUAGGAUUCACCAUUGUGAAGUCAGUCUUAUUGUAUCUGUAUAAAUAUUUAUGUGCGUGUUUGUAUUUUGAUAACAUUCUGGCAACCACAAUCAAAUAAUAACUUAACAUGCCGUCCUUCAUUAUAUAAUUACUUUAGGAAGAACAUGCCGUCCUUCAUUAUAUAAUUACUUUAGGGACGAUUUUCCAACUGUAAGACAUACUUUCAUUUGUGUAUUCAUAAUUUCAUUUUACUACCUGUUUAAGUAUACUCUUCCUUUUUAUUUCAUCUAUAGUAUUCUAUAAUCUUAAAACCAUGUUAUACAAUAGUUUAUGGUAUUCAAUGGCGUUUUCAUUGUUAACUUUUAGACAGUGUGCAAUUUGUUACUGACGAACCUCGUGAUAUAUAAAGUUUGAACUGUGCCGUAUUUAUUACUUAUAUGACAGUUUACACCAGACUGAUUUAUAAGAUUAUGCUUUUCUCCAUUGAUGUAAAUGUAUGACGUAGCUGCAAAUCUCAAAGUGCCAUAUGAUAUUGCUAUAUUUUGUGUAUAUAUAUCAAUUUUGCACGAGGUAUACAUUGGUGAUCGAUAUUUAUAUACUUUACACGAAGUUUUGCCAUCCUAUGUUUUAUAUAAAAUGUAUAUAGAUUAUAACUUUGAACAACGUACAAAUUGUUUCCAGUGAUAUCUAUACAUGCAUAUACAAAUGUACUGUACCUAGUUAAUACAUUAAUGCAUAUUUUAAAAGUAAUUGAUAUUUAGUUUGUUAUUCAUAGUUUGGAACUCCUUGGAUAGAUAGUCUUUAGUGACUGGCACGUUACAUCAUAAUAUUAUUAGAUAUUUUCCUCACGAAGACAUUCUUUUUUUUAAACCAAUAAGUAUUUUUAUUUUAUUUUUUUGAUACAUAUGCUAUCUGUUUAUCCAAACGAAUAUUUAUAUGAUUUUUGUACAAUAUGUUUUAGCUGAGAAAUAUAAUUUACUUCAAUGUAAAAUAACUUAUUUUAUCGAGAUACACCACUGUUAACAUUUGUAGCUCCUGAACCUUUUUAAUCUCCUGAAGCAUGUUGGAAUUUAAAUAUUUACUCUAAAAUGACUGUUGUCCAAAUAACGGUGUAUGAAUUGUCUUAGAAAUCUCAUUUUGAUUUACUGAUAUGGUAACUAAUGUGAAGCAGAAAUAAUUCAAAUUGAUACAUAUCAAAUAUAAUUUCGUAAGUAUUAAAAAAUUGCAACUGUGAUAUAUGUGGAAUAUUAUUAACUAUAACGGAAUUUAUACAUGUUUGACUACUGACAAAAUGCUUUAUUUUUUCUUUAUUUUUGUCUUAGCCCCAGCGGCUGAACACUCAUUACUGGGUGAUAGCCCGUGUGUGUAUACAGCUAUUUCAUUGGAGCUACACCACUGUACAAAAUUGUACCUCCUGAACCUUUAUCGUUUGUAGGCAUGUUGGAAUUUACAAUGCUAUUACAUUAUUUUACACGUAAAAUGACUCUUGCCCCAGUAACGAUGUUGGCAUUUUUAUUUAUUGUUGUUACGGUAAUUAGUGACUGAAGCAGAAAUUAAGAUUAAUACAUAUCAAUUAUGAUUUCGUAAGUAUUAACAAAAUACAAUAGUAUAUAAAAACCAAAAGAUAAAAAAAAAAAACGACAAUUUUGAAAUGCUAAAUUAAGAUAACAAGUAAUGAUCCCCUCAUGGUGGAAAAUCAAACUGGAUAUGAACACGUAUUACGUUACAAAUGUGGGUUAUCUCGUAUUUUGGAUUGACAAAUAUAUACAUGCGCAUUCCGUUCUUUAUAUAACUUAAAAUCGAACUCUUUACACUUGUCGUAUAUGAAUUUGUUUAGAAAAAAUAAAAGUUGAUUUGAUA